AUGGUCUCAUUCAAGGGAGUGCUAUGGGAGAUUAUUCACUGCUUUUUGCUUGUAGUCUUCAGGCAGGUCAGGAAGGCAAGCAGAACCGACAAGCACGGAGCCCAAGGCAAGACAGAAGCGUUACUAACCAACUGGAGUGGAGCUACUAGUCGUCUUGUCUUCAAGCAGAAGGCCAGGCAACUAGAUAACUAG